GUAAAAUCCCCGUUGUUGCAUGCGAGGGCGUGGCGUGGUGCUGGCCAAGAGGACUUUGUUUCUGAUUUGACUCGAUUAACUCGAGACUAUCAGCCUCGUGAUCUCGUGCGCGUGAUUUCUCCCCGAGAGAGCUAGAGGACUCGUGACGAUGGCGGCGUUUCAUCCCUUUCGAGGCAUCUCUCGGGAUUUCCAUGGCAGAUUGGACGUUUAUGGGCGAGAUUGGAGAGAUGGUCUCAAGGCCGGAUCCGAUUUCCUGAGGAUCUUGGCUCCAACCACGUACAUUUUCUUCGCCUCGGCUCUUCCUGUCAUAGCUUUUGGCGAGCAGCUCCAAAGUGACACAGAUGGUGCUUUGACGACUGCGCAUUCUUUAGCUUCCACUGCCCUGUGUGGAAUUUUGCAAUCUCUGGCUGGAGGCCAGCCUUUGCUCGUUCUUGGAGUUGCCGAGCCGACUGUUAUAAUGUAUGGUUUCAUGUAUAGCUUUGCAAAGAAGAACAGGGGUCUCGGCUUGCCACUCUUUCUUCCUUGGAUGACCUGGGUUUGUAUUUGGACCUCCUUGAUCCUGUUUGUUCUAGCAAUUUUCAAUGCCUGCUCUCUCAUCAAUCGUUUCACUCGGAUGGCCGGAGAAGUUUUUGGAAGUCUCAUCGCGCUUCUCUUUAUGCAGCAAGCCAUCAAGGGAGCCAUUGGAGAGUUUCGAAAGCCCGACGAGGAUGGCCUACACUUGGAUUUCUCGUGGCGAUUUGGAAAUGGAACACUUGGCCUGGUGCUGUCGUUUGGAUUUCUCUGGACGGCCAUGAAGAGCAGGCGAGCAAGGUUUUGGAGAUAUGGAACAGGAUUUCUGCGAGGAUUUAUAGCUGACUAUGGUGUGCCUCUCAUGGUCGUGCUGUGGACCGCAAUUUCUCUUGUACCCUCGAGAUCUGGAGGUGUUCCAAGUGGAGUUCCUCGCCGCAUCUCAAGUCCCGACGCUUGGUCACACAAAGCAUCAGGGAACUGGCUGGUUCUCCAGGAUCUUCUCAAAGUUCCAACCGAGUUUAUCUUUGGUGCCAUCGUCCCGGCUUGCAUGAUCGCUUUGCUUUACUGCUUUGACCACAGUGUAGCGUCGCAAAUGGCUCAGCAGGAAGACUUCAACUUACAAAAGCCCACUGCGUAUCACUACGAUCUUUUUCUUCUAGCAGCAAUGGUUUUGGUGUGUGGACUACUAGGAAUACCACCUUCGAAUGGAGUGCUUCCACAAUCUCCAAUGCAUACAGCGAGCCUUGCUUCUCUAAAACAUCAGAUUUUACGAGAAAAACUUGUCAAGGUUGUGGAUGGUUGGAAUGGAUCAUCUCAAGAACUGAGCCAGCGUCUCCAAGAACUAGUCGAGAAAGAAACAAGAACACGACAACCGAAUCUAGAGUCUCAUGAUUUCACGUGCGAGGUGGAGCGAAUUGAGAAACACAUUGACGCGAUGAUUCCCACAGCGCUGGACGAGCAAAGGGUCAGCAACUUGAUCCAAUCGUCUCUAGUCGGGAUUUGCGUGGUUGCAAUGCCCGCGAUCAGAAAGAUUCCAACUUCGGUCCUCUGGGGAUACUUUGCAUUCAUGUCAAUCGAAAGUCUUCCAGGAAACCAGUUCUGGGAAAGAUUCAAGCUUCUCUUCACUGCUCCAAACAAGCGAUACAUGGCUGUGGAAGAAGGCCACUUACCAUUCCUCAAAGUCGUCCCUUUCAAGGCAAUCAUAGGCUUCACCGUGUUCCAGCUCGUAUAUCUUGCGGCCUGCUUUGGGAUCACUUGGAUACCAAUCGCUGGAGUUUUGUUUCCAGUGCUCUUCAUUCUGCUAAUUCCAAUCCGGCAAUUCAUUCUUCCAAAAUUUAACUCCUCUCUUAAAGAAUUGGAUGUUGCAACAUAUGAAGCUUAAAUUCAAAGACAAAGAUUUAGAGUUUAA